AAGUUUCUCUAGUAAAAAACACAGUCACUCUCAUCCUCUUCCUCUCUCUUGAAACUGUGUUUUCUCUCUCCUAAGAAACCCAAAUUUCACCCCCAAUUUCCAACACCCUUUAACCUGAAGACUUGCUUUUUGGACUCACCAAUGCAGGAUCUUCCGAUCAGGCCUAAAUUCGAAGCCUGAGAUUGCAAAAUUUUGUUGUUUUUUUGUGGGUUUUUGAAGAAUUUUGGAAAUGCUGGAAGCUGCAGUGGAGAGUAAUAUACACAAUGGAGGAUUUUCUUCACACUCUUCACAGUUUCAGAGCUGUGGUGAGAGCAGUGAGGAGGAACUUUCUGUGUUGCCACGUCAUACUAAGGUGGUGGUGACUGGAAAUAACCGCACCAAGUCUGUACUGGUGGGGCUUCAAGGUGUGGUGAAGAAAGCUGUUGGGCUUGGUGGAUGGCAUUGGCUGGUUCUUACCAAUGGCAUAGAGGUAAAACUUCAAAGGAAUGCUUUAAGUGUAAUUGAAGCUCCUACUGGAAAUGAGGAUGAUGAUGACAUUGAAUUUGAAAAUGUGCAGUGGAAUGGCUCAGAUAUGGCAUCCGAUGAAACUCAAAAGUCUCAUAGGUCAAGGCAUCGAAUGCACAGGCCGACUGGGUCAUCUCACAGGACUCUUAGCCAGUCUCUCUCCUGUGACUCACAUUCUAAAGGAUCUAUUUCUACUCCAAGGGGGUCCACGAAAAUUGACCUUAGCAAACUUGAGAUGGCUGCAUUAUGGAGAUAUUUGCAGCACUUUAACCUUGUGGAUGCCAUUCCUAACCCGUCCAAGGAGCAACUCAUAGAUGUUGUUCAGAGGCAUUUCCUAUCUCAGCAAUUGGAUGAGUUGCAAGUCAUUGCCGGGUUUGUGCAGUCCGCGAAGAGGCUGAAAACUGUUUGCAAAUGACAUUUGGAAGAUUACGAAAAGUCAUUUGCUGACUCUAACAAACUAUGAUUUCUGGUUGCUCACUCCUCCAGUCAAAUCUGUAAUAUAAAAACUCCGGUGUUUACCCCUUUAGUUCUAUAGGCCAUUGUCCAAGUCUAUAGAGGUUAUCGCUUCUCGGUAGCUGUAAAUAUAGUUAUAUGUGAACCAGUUGACUAACACUAAGAAGCCUUCUUGGUCGAGCUUUGGUUGAAUGUAUGCUAAAUGUAUAGUCGUUUGCCUAAAUGAUCAUUCAACCAUCAGAAGCUUUACAUGCGUAUUUAAAUUAGAAAUUGAGAAGCUGACCAUAUUAGUACUUAUUAACUGUUCUGUACAGUUAUUAUUUCUUGUUCGAAAUAUAUAUGUGCAUCUUUCGCUUA